AUGGGGUUUAUACGCUCCGCCGUGCUUUCGGCCCUCACAUUUGCCGUGGCAUGUCGUGGCCUGGCCACGCCUGGAUCCGAGGCUGAACCCUCUGUAGAAAAGCGUGCUUCAAGUUAUUGGUAUGAAAACAUUGCCCAUCAAGGAAUUGCGCCAUUCGCCCCCAGCGGCUACACAGUGUUCCGCAACGUAAAGGACUAUGGCGCAAAGGGUGAUGGUGUUACCGACGACACGGCAGCAAUUAACAAUGCCAUUCUGUCGGGAGGUCGAUGUGGCAGACUCUGCACAUCCAGCACUCUGACUCCGGCUGUGGUAUACUUUCCCGCUGGGACAUACGUGAUCUCAACGCCCAUCAUUGAUCAGUACUACACCAACAUCAUUGGAGAUCCGACCAACCUGCCAACCAUCAAGGCGACCGCAGGCUUCAGCGGCAUUGCCCUCAUCGAUGGUGAUACUUACUAUGGCGAUAAUGACCCGAACAAUCCCAAUUGGAUUUCAACCAACGUCUUCUACCGGCAAGUACGCAACUUCAAGCUCGACAUGACAUCUAUUCCAACUUCUGCGCCCAAAAUCUAUGGUAUCCACUGGCCGACAGCCCAGGCAACAAGCUUGCAGAACAUCCAGAUUACGAUGAGCACAGCGUCUGGAAAUAACCAAGUCGGUCUUUUCAUCGAGAACGGCUCCGCUGGAUUCCUCACUGAUAUGACCUUCAACGGUGGCUCGAUUGGUGCUGCUAUCGGCAAUCAGCAGUACACAAUGCGCAACUUGGUAUUCAACAACUGCGGGACAGCCAUUGUCAGCGGCUUCGAUUGGGAGUGGGUUUACCAGGGCAUUACCAUCAACAACUGUGGAUUGGGCAUUGACAUGACGGCCGCCGAGUCCAUCACUUUGAUCGACAGUUCCAUCACCGGGACGCCAGUGGGAAUCAAGACCAGCUUCAGCGCAAACCAGUCGCCCGCCACGUCCAACAGUCUCAUCGUUGAGAACCUGUCUCUCAACAAUGUCCCAGUGGCCAUUCAGUCGUCGAGUGGAAGCACUAUUCUGGCUGGAGGAACUACAACAAUUGCUGCGUGGGGUCAGGGUCACCAGUAUACGCCAAAUGGACCGACGACAUUCCAAGGCAGCAUUACGCCAAACUCUCGUCCCUCGUCGCUUUUGAGCGGAUCCAGCUAUUACACGCGCUCAAAGCCCCAGUAUGAAACUCUGCCAGUUUCUUCAUUCAAGAGCGUCCGAUCUGCUGGUGCCACCGGUAACGCGGUCACCGAUGACACGGCCGCUCUGCAAAGUGUCAUCAACAGUGCCACUGCUGCAGGCCAAGUCGUGUACUUUGAUGCUGGUAUCUACCGCAUCACCAGCACGCUCACUAUUCCCCCUGGCGCGAAGAUCGUUGGAGAGGAAUACCCCAUCAUCAUGUCUUCUGGAAGCUUCUUCAAUGACCAAAGCAACCCGAAGCCUGUGGUCCAAGUUGGCACACCCGGCCAGACUGGACAGGUGGAGUGGUCAGACAUGAUUGUGUCCACACAGGGCACCCAAGCCGGAGCUAUUCUCAUUGAGUGGAACUUGGCUACCUCGGGAACGCCCAGUGGCAUGUGGGAUGUGCACACGAGAAUCGGUGGCUUCAAGGGAUCGAACCUCCAAGUUGCGCAAUGCCCCGUAACUGCGAGCAGCACGACUGUAAACACGGCUUGUAUUGGAGCUUACAUGUCCAUGCAUAUCACUGCCAGUGCAAGCAACCUGUACAUGGAAAAUAACUGGCUCUGGACCGCAGACCACGACAUUGACGACUCUAGUAACACGCAAAUCACCAUUUUCAGCGGCAGAGGUCUGUACGUUGAAAGCACUGCAGGAACGUUCUGGUUUGUUGGAACAGCGGUUGAGCAUCAUACCCUCUACCAGUAUCAAUUUGCCAACACGCAGAACAUCUAUGCGGGAGUUAUCCAGACAGAGACACCAUACUACCAGCCAAAUCCCAAUGCCCCAACGCCCUUCAACGUCAAUACUGCUCUCAACGAUCCCGACUUUGCCACCUCUUGUUCCGGCAAUUCGGGCCGCUGUGCCGAGGCUUGGGGCUUGCGAAUCGUUAGCUCUAAGAAUAUCCUCAUCUAUGCCGCCGGCUUGUAUUCGUUCUUCGAAAACAACGAUGGAAACACUGGCUGUGAUGUGGCUCUUGGGCCGGAAAACUGCCAGAACAACAUUUUCGACCUUGAAGGCACGCUGACCAACAUUAACGUCUACAACUUGGGAACCGUGGGCGUCGUCAACCAGAUCACGCAGAACGGAAACGUGCUUGCAACCUCCUCUUCCAACGUCAACGCCUUUGCUGAUGUUAUUGCUCUCUUCCGACUCGCUUCCGGAAGCGGAGGCAUGACUCCUCCUCCUUCUAGCACCACCACAGCACAAUCCACAACAUUUUCCACAAUCAUCACCACCUCGUCGCCGCCGAAGCAAACUGGAUGGAAUUUCUUGGGAUGCUACUCCGAUAACGUCAACGGUCGGACUUUGGCCAACCAGGUCCAGGUCGCAGGAGGCGCAUCUGCCAUGUCGAUAGAGGCUUGUGAAACUGCCUGCAAAGCCGCCGGAUACACCAUUGCGGGCGUCGAAUACUCGGGAGAAUGCUGGUGUGAUACCAAGUUCCAGAACGGCGGCGGCCCAGCCUCUGAUGGAAGUGCUCAGUGCACCAUGACUUGCAGCGGUGCGCCACAGGAAACCUGCGGUGGCCCGAACCGCCUCGAUGUUUACAGCUUGGCGACUGCAACUGGGAGCGCCUCGCCUCCCGCGGCCACCGGAUGGAACUUUAGAGGAUGCUAUACCGACAGUGUCAAUGCUCGAGCGUUGAUUGCCGAGUCGGUUCCCAACGGCCCCUCAUCGAUGACUAUUGAAGCGUGUCAAAGUGUGUGCAAGGGCCUGGGCUACACUCUUGCGGGCCUUGAGUAUGCCGACGAGUGCUACUGCGGUAACAGCCUCGCCAAUGGUGCAACCAUUGCCCCAGAUGGAAAUGCUGGUUGCAACAUGAAUUGCGCGGGCAACGCUGCUGAAACAUGCGGCGGUCCCAACAGGUUGGACAUUUACAGCUAUGGCCAGGCCAAUGGCACCCAACCACUUUAA